UAGGGGCCGAAACCUGCCUCUCCGCACAUUCAAGCUCCACUGGAAAACUCCAGAUUCCCGAAGAAGCAGCGCGUGCGGCUUCGGAACCGUUGCCAUGUCCUUUCUCUCCUUUGCCAACUUUUCAUCGAGACCGUAAAGCGUCCACAACAAGCAUCGCUCCUCGUAGCUUUCUCUCUUUGGAAAAAAGCCAUUUUGUCACCCGGACGGCCAGCUCUUCCUCCCGAGCCGCCUUUUACUUUGCGAUGGACCUUUCCCGGGUUUGGCACCUGGUUGCCGUGUUUUGCUUGACCUACGUGCUGAUCAAAAUCAUCCAGUUGCAUCGCCGUAGACAGGCGCUGCUGAAAGCUUUGAACAGUUUUGCCGGUCCCCCUCCCCAUUGGCUUUAUGGUCAUAUACUUGAGUUUUCAUCUGUUUCUGCAGUUUACAGAAAAACAGAGAAAUGGAGUUGUCUGUAUCCAUUUGCCUUUCCUCUGUGGUUUGGCAGGUUCACUGCACUUUUGAAUAUCAUACAUCCUGAUUAUGCAAAACCAAUACUUGCUCGAACGGAACCAAAAGAUAAUUUUAGUUAUCGGAACAUAGUCCCAUGGAUUGGGAAAGGUUUAUUGGUCUUGCAUGGACCCAAAUGGGCACAACAUCGAAAAUUGCUAACUCCAGGCUUCCACUUUAAUGUAUUAAAGCCAUAUGUGCCCCUGAUUGCAGACUCUACGAAAGUGAUGUUGGAUAAAUGGGAACAACUGAUCAUGAAGGAGAAAUCAGUGGAACUCUUUGAACAUGUGAGCUUGAUGACACUUGAUAGCAUCAUGAAAUGUGCCUUUGGUUAUAACAGCAACUGUCAAAUGUACAAGGAAAAUUCUUACGUUCAAGCUGUCUUUGAGCUUUGCUUCUUGAUAUAUGCCAGGAUGCACCACAUUGUAGGUCAGAGUGAUCUUCUAUAUUGGUUCAGUCCCCAUGGAUUUCGGUUUCGGAAAGCCUGCCAAGUUGCUCACCUUCAUACAGAGAAAGUAAUCAAGGAAAGAAAGGAAUCUUUGAAGGCUGAGGAAGAACUUCAAAAGAUCCAGGCGAAGAGGCAUUUGGAUUUUCUUGACAUUCUUCUUUGUGCCAAAGAUGAAAAUGGCAUUGGAUUAUCUGAUGAAGAGAUACGUGCUGAAGUGGACACUUUCAUGUUUGAAGGUCACGACACCACGGCUAGUGGGAUCUCUUGGCUGCUGUAUUGCCUUGCACAAAAUCCAGAGCAUCAGGAAAGAUGUAGAGAGGAGAUAAAAUCCAUUCUGGGAGAUCGUGACACAAUCGAGUGGGAUGAUCUUAAUAAGAUGACUUACUGCACCUUAUGCAUUAAAGAGAGUCUCCGCCUUUAUUCCCCGGUACCUGGAGUGUCCCGAGAAUUAACCAAACCUGUUACAUUUUUUGAUGGGAAAACUCUACCUGAAGGCACCUGGGUUGUGAUAAGCAUUCACCUUAUCCACAAGAACCCCAGUAUAUGGCAUAAUCCAGAGGUGUUUGACCCACUGAGGUUUUCUCCUGAGAACUUAUCUGGCAGAAAUUCUCAUGCUUUUCUUCCGUUUGCUGCUGGGCCAAGAAACUGCAUUGGACAGCAGUUUGCAAUGAAUGAGAUGAAAGUGGUUCUCGCUAUGACUUUGCUUCGAUUUGAAUUGUCACUUGAUUUAUCAAAGCCUCCGCCUGUUCCAGUGCCUCUGAUUGUCUUGCGUUCUGACAAAGGAAUUCAUCUUCGCUUGAAGAAACUGGGGUGAACCUAUAAUUAAUUGAGGAAAUAAUUCAUGUUGAAGAAGAAACUUGGGGCGAACCUAUAAUUAAUUGAGGAAAUAAUUCAUGUGGGGAGCAGAGAAGGGCUUCUGUAGAAUUUUCUCAUCCAGCCAGGUGCUCUGUACAUGUUUUGAGAUUAUAAUUCCCAGAAUACUUCUGUUGCUCUUCAAAAAAUAUUGAGACUUUAAUCAUGGUGGCUGGGAAUUAAAAUAUUAAUACCUGUGGGGACUAAUAAUUUAACUGAAAAUGGGAAGGAGAAUGUAGAAAUUAUAGAAUGAUAUUUGCAAAUAAUUACCAUGAAGCAUAUUUUCUCCUGAUGAAAGGUUGAAUGGCCAAGAUAUCUGAUUUCAUCUACUGCCAAUUCAUUUUUAGAUUAACUACAACACUAGCAAAAAUUUCACUCAGUAAUUAAUACACUGUGCGGGUUUUUUUUAAUUAAUGUUCACAUGUAGUCAUGAAUUACAGUAUGGGAAGAUAAAAGAUCAACAUUUGAGUGGCCUUGUAACAUCCAACUACAAGCAUCUUGUUAUAGCAGUAGCACUUAGAUACUGCUUCACAGUGUUUUAUAGCCCUCUCUAAACCGUUUACAGCGUCAGCAAAUUGUCCCCAACAAUCUGGGUCCUCAUUUUAAUGACCUUGGAACGAUGGAAGGCUGAGUCAACCUUGAGCCUAGUGAGAUUCGAACUGUCAAAUUGCAGGCAGCCAGCCGUCAGCAGAAGUAGCCUGCAGUACUGCAAUCUAACCACUGCACCACCAUGGCUCUUAUAGUCUAUCUAUAGUUACAGACUUUGACUGCUUUCAGCAGAGAAAUUACUCUUUAAUUUCUUUCUUCUCAUGUGAUAAGCAGCAGUGUAUGACCUUUCUUGAUGUAGGUCAGUUCUUUCAGUCACUCAUAUCGUAGAGUAAUUCAGCUCCAAGUUGGGCUUGGAAGCCAAGACAGAAGCCAGAAUAUAUGCCUCUGGGAUUCUAGUACUGUUAUAUAAAAUAUGUUCACAGUAUUUGAUUAUCAAAAAGAAAAUUCAUUUGUUACUAAAAUUGCAUGCUUUGUCCAUACUGGAUAUUAUUAAACUAAUCGUAUGCAAACCAUAAUUUUCCAAAUAACCUUUGAAUGAAAUAUGAAGUGCACAACAACAGCAGAUAUGGAAAAUUUAAUACAGUGGUAAGUAAAGUUUCUUUUGACUCAGGACAUAAUUGUAGCUUCUCCUUGCCUUCCUCCUUCAAAGUAUAAGUCUGUAUGUUCCAGGUAAACCAGAUAGGAAAUGCAACAAGAUGAACUAAUUCUACUUUAUUGUAAGGCUUCUUUAACAGAAUCGUGGAUGUCUGUAAGUUUACAUUUUCCACCACCACUUUUAAUUGCUUGCUCCAUUAAGGCAAGUCUUUCCUAUUUUUUUCUGGACAAUUUCUCUGAACACUGGGACAAGAGGGGAGGGCGGGUUCCUGCAUCUCCUGUCUGAUUGUUUCCUAGGCAGUAUCUCUUCUAGACACAAGAACAGUUUUUUCCCGAAUGCCAUCACUCUACUAAACAAAUAAUUCCCUCAACACUGUCAAACUAUUUACUAAAUCUGCACUACUAUUAAUCUUCUCAUCGUUCCCAUCACCAAUCUCUUUCCACUUAUGACUGUAUGACUGUAACUUUGUUGCUGGUAAUCCUUACGAUUUAUAUUGAUAUAUUGACCAUCAUUUGUGUUGUAAAUGUUGUACCUUGAUGAAGGUAUCUUUUCUUUUAUGUACACUGAGAGCAUAUGCACCAAGACAAAUUCUUUAUGUGUCCAAUCACACUUGGCCAAUAAAAAAUUCUAUUCCAUUCUA